AGAUCGCACUCCUCGUGUUGCAGAAAAGGUUCAACACUUCCUCAAAUAAUGUCACAUUAUCACACAAAUAUUACUGUCUGGUUUAUCGUUUAGUAGUGCAGAGUAUAUAAUUCAUGUGCAAACACUGAAGAUGAGUUGAAAACACAUCUUUUUUCUCCAUAAUAAUAAUAAUAUCUCUAUUAAUUUUUUCGCCAUACGCGCUCGCGAUCGUCUGUCUCUCAAAAGUGGUGAAUGUGUUGGAAUUUUCACCUCUGUGAAAUACACCAGAGACAGUUGCUGGCAUUCGUGACGCGAUACUCGCCCAGUGAGGAUCAUUUUGGCGCUAGACAGCAGAAAAGCUGAAGAGAGCUUUGUUGGCGCACAAAAGAUACGGAGGAUUAGUUGAGUGGUGAAGCAGACUCAAGAACAAAUAGGAUCUCUUAGUCAGAUAGCACCAGAAAUCUCGAACUUUGUGUCUUCAUCACUAAAUUCUAUCGCAAAAGGCAGUGCGUGUCUGGGCACUAAUCUUCUUGUACGAUCGGUUAUUGAAGUUGAGCGCAUAUUACUAAAAUUUUGAUAACAUGUGAUAACGACGAGAUUGCGGAAAAGAAAGAAAAUCACAUUUUUGCACAAAUUAAAUUUAUCAGUGUUUGUGAGUUUGUGCUUUGUGAUUGCCUCAGAUAGGGAGAGUUUCAAGUUUAAGACAAAAAAAAAUCUUAGGGAGCAACUCUUAAAAAAAAUACACUCAACAUGGCAGUUGAUCAAACUUUGGAAGAAAUGAUGGGAUUACUAGGGGAUUUCGGGCGGUACCAGGGCUUUCAAUUUUUCCUUCACAUCCUAUCUGCUCUCACAGCCGGCCUUCACAUGUUAUCACUGGUCACGGUUAUGGCAACUCCAGAACAUCGAUGCUAUGUAGAGCAGCUGGAUGGUAAUGGUACAUACUUUCCCUGGAACAGUUCCGAUGUAGCUCAAUACAUUCCCAUGAAGGCCAGCGGGGAAUUGGACUCGUGUCGAUUAUUGGACGGUAAUGAAACAAGCAGCUGCUCCUCCUAUGUCUACGAUCACACGUAUUACGAGACAUCCAAGACUGUUGACUGGAAUUUUGUGUGUAAUAAACGAUGGAUGGCAUCUAUUGCACAAACAGUCUACAUGUUUGGAGUUUUCACGGGGGCCGUGGUUUUAGGCGGAUUGGCAGACAAAGUGGGACGCAAAGCAGUCUUCUGCUGGUCAGGUGCUCUUCAAUUAAUUCUCGGAGUUGGUGUUGCAUUUAUUCCUGAGUACUACUCCUUCCUCGUGGUACGUUUCUUCUAUGGCAUCUUCGGCAGUGCUGGCAGCUACAUCACUGGAUUUGUGCUAACAAUGGAACUUGUUGGACCUAGUAAAAGAACUGUUUGCGGAAUUGCCUUCCAAGCCACUUUUGCUGCGGGCAUAAUGCUAGUGGCAGCCUGGGGAGCUCUCAUAAAAGAUCAUGUCCUGCUUCAGGUAGUUUAUGGGCUUCAUGGUUGUCUCCUCAUAGCUCACUGGUGGGUCAUGGAUGAAUCUCCACGGUGGCUGUGGAUGCAGGGUCGCACCCGUGAAGCCAUUGACAUUGUAGCCAAGGCAGUGAGAAUGAAUGGCCGUGGCAUUAGCAUGGACAAGGAGUAUUUUGAACGAAAAACCAAAGGCACAAAGGUGCAGGAUGAACCACAAUCAUCUGCUGGUGUAUUAGAUCUCUUUAAGACUCCGAAUCUCCGUAUGAAGACUAUCAAUGUGUGUGUCAAUUGGUUCUCAAAUUCUCUCGUCUACUACGGACUAUCUCUGAGCACUGGAAAGCUCUAUGGUAAUCCAUUCCUCAUACUCUUCAUUAUGGGAUUAGUUGAAUAUCCCAGCUAUAUUGUGGUUGUUCUACUUUUGGACAAAAUGGGUCGACGCUUCCUUACGAGCUUUCUCAUGCUGGCUGGUGGAUUGUGCUGCAUAGCAGCCACACAAAUGGAUCAUGGAAGCAAUACAGCGACAGGAAUUGUGAUGAUGGGAAAAUUAUUCAUUGCCGGUUCCUUUGCCAUUAUCUACAACUACUCAGCUGAACUUUUCCCUACAGUUGUACGCAAUUCUGCAAUGGGAUUGGGAUCAAUGGCAGCACGUCUCUCAGGUGCUCUAACACCAUUAAUCACACUUCUGGAUUCAUUCGAUCCCACAGUACCUGCCAUCAUAUUUGGCGUUGUGGCACUCCUCUCAGGUUUCUGGACACUCUUCCUACCCGAGACCAUGAAUCAACCUAUGCCUCAGAGUAUUCAAGAUGGCGAAACAUUUGGCAAGGGUGAUACAUUCUUCACCACAUUCCUAGGGCGCAAGAAACGUGAUGUCGUCCAACCUGUUCACAUGGAACAAAUGGUUCCUCUCCAGAACAAUGAUAAGUAAUCACAAAUGCAAAUUACUUAAGACACUGCAAUACAGUGAGGAGCAACUUGAGCCGCAUAAUAAAACAAGGGUAAAAGCAACUCAUCGAUCCUGUUUAAUUUUACGUUUAUUGUAGAUUAUCCUCGGGGAUAGUAAAAACUUGUUAUCACACAAUAGAAACUAUUUUUGUUGAGUAUUUCUAAGUUGGUCAUAAAAAUUAACAACAAAUAAUAACUAAAAGAGAUUUAAAUAUUUUCAAGUUCAAAAACAAAUAUUUAGGAUCUUCGGACCUUUAAAGCGUUAGAAUCUUGCUGGGAGACCUGAGAAUUAGCGUAGUGCCAGUUUAGUGUAAUAAUGGUUUAAUCCUAAUACCUACUUUCUCUUCUUAAUUCCGAAAGGGAUGAAAUGAAAUUGAAAAAUUAAAAAAGGGAAACUGGGGCAGUAGUAAACAUGGGGUAGUUGUAAUCACUGCGAUUUUUGAAUAUGACAUCUACUCGAAUUUAAUGGAUUCUUGUUCAUUAAACAAAUGGUCGACAUGCGUCGGUUGCCUCGACCGUUGUUGUAUCUGCAUUUAAUUUGUCUCAGCAUUUGAUGCAAAACAAAAUAUUUUUGAUUCGAACUGUAAUCCUACAAGACCUAUUAUGGGACGGGGUUAAUAUAAUCAGUUAUUUUUUUCGUUUUCUUUGUGAAAAAACCUGAAAAUUACUUUGAUUAGACUGAUAAAUAUUUUAGUGAACAUAGAGGUUUGUGUGAUCACUUUGAUUAAAUCGGCUUUCACCCAAUCUUAGGUAUACUAUAUCCCACCAUAAUUUAAUAAUUUCUAUUUCUUAAAUAUCCUAAAAAUUAUUAAAAACAUAACUUCAGAAAAAUUGCAGUACGUCUAUUUCCCAUUAACAAAGCAAGGAAGGCUUGAAUUUAAAGUAGCUUUGGGUAAAAUCGACUAUCUUCGAGCAAUCUCUUUCCACAACAAGUCCUUGCAAAUCAGACUGCUUAUCGGAAAAUAUGGAUUAUUAAAGACCUAUUUUGCAGACUAUAAAUCAUGUCACUUUGAAGAAAUAAACCUUCAAAAUUAAAUUGUAAAAUGUUCACUACAGAUCGUUCCAAAACAAUCGUGGCCCUACAGAUAUUUUUUUUUAAUCAAGGAACUGGGAUGAAAAAGUUCUUUAACUAUUAUCUCAACCAAUUACUUUAAAAGUAAUACUUUAAAAGUUUCCUUAAUUCGACCUUUAAAAGAGAACAACAUUAAAGCGUAUACUUCGGGAGAAAAAGCUAUAAUGAAUUAAGUAAAUAAAAGACUCUGCCAAGACGGAGAUCUCUUUACGUUCCAUUAGUCAAAACUGACAGGGAUGCUUUUAAGAAGCAAUUCCCUGAGAAGCCCUCUUUGAUGCAAAGUAUCGUAAAUGUGGGUGACUUUGUCCCCUGCGGGUGGCUAUAGCGGUCUUCAGACCACAGGUUUAGCCCUCUAAGGACGAUUGGGUCACCGGUGACCCAAAAAUGAAAUUUUUCGUACGGCCAUAAACAGUUGUGUUUUGCUCUAAAAAGUCAGAAAAAAACGGUUUUUUCUGACCCUCAACUUUAUACAAUAUACAUUCUUGUCCUUAAAGGGUUAGCCUAGUUCCCGAAGGUUUCAGAAUCCUAAAUGGCGACCAAUUUUAUUGCUCUUUCAGAACCUAAUAGGUCAUUUGUCCUUAAUAAUCCAAUCCUGGUUUAAAUUUUCCGCAUUUUCCCUUGAUUGGUAAAAAAAUAGCAGUUAACCCUUUAACGACGAGACACUUUUUACGGAACGAAAAUCAACAAUAAAAAUUUAACCGAUAAACAAAAUCAAUGAAACGUCUUACAUCUGACUUUGGAAAAUCCAACAGAUUCUGAUUCGAUGUAUUUUUUACCUGUACGAGCAAUAGGGACAAAAAUAGCCCAAAAAUUUAAGUAAUUUUUCUGACAAUAUUAAUGAAUAAUAAUGAAAAAUAUUAUGUAUGAGUAUUGUAGUUUCUUUUUCCAAAACGGUUUUGCUUAAAAAAAAUGGAAAUAUAAAAAAUAAUUAAAAUAAUUUUUCAAUAUGAGAAUUUAAAAAUUCGUCAUUUUUAAGCUUAAACAUUUACUAUAUAGCAAAUAGCUAGAGACUUGCAAAAAAUAUUCUAGAUUCCUUCAACCUUCUAUACUUUGCAAUUAAGUACAAACAUAAGAAAAAAAUAACUUUAGGUGGUCACGAAAAAUUAUUUUCGUCAUGGAACACCGGUGUUCCAAUCGUCCUUAAAGGGUUCAACCAUAUGGCUAAUGUCGGUUUCAGACCGGAGGUUUAGCCCAGUUCCUGAAGGUCUCAAAAAUCUUAAUAACAAACAAUUUUAUUGAUUUUUCAAAUUCUAAUGAAUCAUUUGCCCUUAAUAUUCAAUCCUAAACAACAAUUUCCUAAAAAAUCAUGAUUAAUGAGGAAUUAGAGGAGCUAAGCCAGAUAUCUAAGCCUUAGGUCUAAAGCCCGUUUCAGCCUUAGGUCUGAAACCUGUAUAUGACACCCCCUGUUUCUAGAACUUAAGGAUGUUUUUUACCGAUAAGACAUGAUAGAUCGGAUUAAGACCAUCCUUAAGUUCUAGAAAUAAGGAAAAGUUUACGACAAAUUCACCCGCACUUACGGUAACUAUGAACUAUAUAAAAUAGGUAACACCUCAGUAAAAGGUGUUUCCUUCGCAAAAUUGUCUGGAAUAUCUUUUGAUAAAAAAGAUCUAGCUUGCAAACGAAUUUGUUUUGCAGGAGUCAUCUGUAAGAGAAAAAUUCCUGCCCAGAAUAUUUUACAGCUCUAGGAAUCCUGGACAACAGAAACGAAAUACAAUUAAAGUGAUAAAAUUGAUAAAAAAGUGAUGCCCUUGAUGAUAAAUUUAAGAAGUUCUUCAACUCUUUAGAAAAUGUAACAUAUCCAGCGAGAAAAUUUCACGAUUUUUGGUCAAAUCUUUGGUUAGAAAUAAUUCAGGGUUUUGGAUUGAUAUCCUUAAUUUAGAUAUCUUUAUAGUUUGUACAUGCUUUUCCUAAAAUAUCCAUAUUUUCCCUUGGGUACUCAGAGUCCAAAAAAGAUGCGAAAGAGUUAAAGUAUAAAAAAUUGAUAUCGCAAAAGGUUCAAAAUUAAUCUUUAUUUUUAUAGUUAGUUUUACUAAAUUGCCUCUAUGCUAGGCUCAGGUCUCUAGAAUCGCAAGGUACCAGAUAAGUAAAGCGUAAUCCAGGAACCUUAAAUGAAAAACCAAAAAUCUUAUGAAACCUGGUAAUAAUACUGAAAAUUGCGCCUCACUGUAAUAUUUUCUUAAAAUUCAGAAAAUUGUCAAAUUAAUUUCGUCGGUAAAGUUCUUUGGACACAAGUUACAAAACGCUCAAGGAUUCCACUCUCGAGGUGACUCGAUAUACAAAUUUGACUUGUGAACAAUUACUAUUGUUUCUUUUAUUUAUUAUCAGAGAUUAUAAUAUUCCAUAAUCAACAUUCAUCUGUAUUUUAUUGUUAUUACCUUUUAUGUACAACGAAUAUAAUAAUAAAAAAUUAACAUCAAUUUUUUUAUAUGUAAAAAAACUAACGUGUAUAUAUCUUUCGUCGGAAUCGAGACGUAGUUAAUGUGUAUACAUAUUUUAAUUAGACAAAAUAAAAUAAUCACUUGGACAACGAAAAGGAUAAAUAAAUAAAAUUGUGUAAAAUUAAAUCGAUAUUAAAUAUGACUAAAUAUAUAUAUUUUUUGUAUUCACCUCUGUCAAAUACUAAGAAAUUCGAUGUGAAGAAUAAAAUAUAAAUAUUUUUUCUUACAUA